UCUUACGGCUGUGAGAAUCCCUCUUGCAGGCCUCUUGCAGGUCUCUUUUUCUUACUCCACUCUAGAGUAGUUAUGGCUUUCGUCGCUGGUGUUAGGGACAAUGGCACUGCCACUUCUCGGUUCCUUGAUGAGAAUAAGGCAAUGGAGUCUAAGGCUGCCAAAGCCGUUCGAGUGGUUGGGCCCAGUCAAGGAGGCACAGUGAGGAGGGUUCUCGGUGAAAUCGGUAAUUUCACCCGGGUUAAUCAAGCACAGCUGGCGAAGCGCAACGCCAAGGGAGGAGCAGAUACAGCAGCAGGGCAGCGAGCCGUUGGCCUCCUGUCCCGACACGGCGAUGGCGGCAUCAACCAUAGAGUCAUCGAGGGGCCGUCUCUUGCAUCGAAGCCUGGCAUGCCCAUCGUUUCCACUACGGAUGCUUCGGCCAGCAUAGCCCAGGUCGAGCCGCUACAGCCGUCUGUCGUUCUCCCACGGUGGGGAGCGACCCGAUCCCGACACUACGGCAUCCAGGCUUAUCGCCAGGGGCAAACUGGGUCGGCGGCGGGCCUCUUGUAUCCGACAGGGGGGGUUAGUACUAGGCAAGAUGCGGCGACAGGACGAAGCAUGAGCAGCUUGCUCGCUGCUCGGAGUGCGGAGGCGUGUAGAGGAGCCUCCUCCUCGGGUUCUGUCGAGGAGGAAGAACCGUGCACUAACAUUGACUUCAACGACAGAGGAGACGUGCGGCAGGUAGUUGAUUACGUGGAGGAUAUCUAUGAUUUCUACAGGAGGGCUGAGAUUCAAAGUGCUGUUCAAUCAGAUUACAUGAAGAUUCAGCCUGAUAUUAAUGCCAAGAUGAGAGCGAUUCUGAUAGACUGGCUUGUCGAAGUUCACAUGAAAUUCGAAUUGCUGCCAGAGACUUUGUACCUGACCACCAAUCUCAUAGAUAGGUACUUAGCGAAGAAAGUUACUACGAGGAAGAAUCUGCAGCUGGUUGGAAUUACCGCUAUGAUGAUAGCCUGCAAGUAUGAAGAGAUCUAUGCGCCGGAGGUUCGGGAUUUCGUGUUCAUUUGUGACAGAGCGUACUCGAGAGCGGCAAUUCUUGACAUGGAAAAGAAGAUGCUCAACACGCUGAACUUCAAUCUUACAGUGCCAACGCCGUACGUUUUUAUGGUCAGGUUUCUUAAGGCGGGCGAAGCCGACAAGCGAAUGGAACAGCUGGCAAAUUUCUUGGUAGAGCUAGCGCUGCUAGAGUACAGUAUGAUGAAGUUUUCCCCCUCGCAAAUUGCUGCCGCCGCUGUAUAUACAGCCAUGAGAACACUUGGGAGGGUUUGUCCCGGAUGGAACUGGACCAUGAGAAGACAUAGCGGGUACACUGCAGAAGCUCUCGAGGAGUGCGCUUCAAUCAUUGCCAAGUGUCACAAGAACGCUAGGUCGACCUCGCUGGUAGCUGUCCCCGACAAGUACUCUACGCUCAAGUUCCUAGAAGUGGCCAAGAUCAGUCCAUGUCUCGAACUCAUCACCUCUCCCAUUAUCAUUGAUUGACGCGGGUAGAAGUCCCUUCGUUCUUUUCUCUUUUUUACCCCUUACGAUGACGUUCUGCGGCUUUGAAAUG